AUGGAGGGAGAUGCCAAGCUUAGAAAAACAGUCAAUAGACCUGUCCAGAUUGUGUUGACAGACAGAGGAACCAGGAGGGCCAAGAGUGUGGAAGUCAUCAAGAUAAUACUUCAGGAAGGUGACAUCGUAGUUUUGCUUGGCCACCCACUCCACCAACUCUGCUAUACAUGUGAAGAUAUAAUUAUGGAGCUGACCUGAUACCGAAAGGUAGGACCAUAUCGACAUAAAAGGCACCAUGCCAUUUCAUACCCAGCAACUGGCGAUCUUCUGUAUGGACUGGUUCAAUACGGUAUGCAUUUUGCCAAUCAAAUUUCGCCAUAAGGGAACCCUGCCCCAGCCGCAUUAUGCCCGCAAUAAUGUCAUCUACCUUCAUAUACUGCAGAGAAUAAUCCUCACCUGCAGUCCCAUUGUUGACACUGUGGCCAGCAGGGCUAGACAGGUCCAGGAUAAGAUGCCAUUUCCCAGGUUGUUGGCGUUUGGGGAUGACGUUUGGAUCCUGCCUCUCUGGACUUCCGAUUGCCAGUAAUUGUCAAUGACCUGAGGGUUUAGGAGUGCCGAAGCCACAUUCCCCGUUGCCGACUUUAAAGAAGUACUGUAAUAUUGAAGCCUAGGCGAAAACCAUCACGAAGGCUUUGUACCACUUAUGCAACUUUGUCUGGGUUAGGAUGAUGGCGGUGAACCCGCCUUUGACUGAGAAGGGGGACGGGGCUGUUCUCUCCGUGCAAAGCGGCAAGGGCAGUGGAUGCAUGGGUGGUCCUCGUGACACGUUUCAUAGGAGUGACGAAACCGGCAGCGGCCAAAGGGCCAGUGACAGCGCCCAUCAUUCCAGGAGUAGCAAUACUUGUUAGACCGUGGAUUGUCCGAAGACGCCAGAGGCUCUGUUAGAGACAAGGUAGAGGAAGUUGAGGAGCUUGAAGCAGCUGAAGUGUUGGCUGGAGAUCUGGUGUGUUGUUGUGCAGCAGAGAAGUAGGUUGACUUGGUGGUGAAGCUGGAGUGUUAACUGGAGGAGCUGGUGUAGAACCUCUACCAGAAUGCUACGACACGGUAACCGGAAACGACAUUGUAGACAAGCUGUUGUUUGUUGUUCACAUCCUCACAGAAUGUGAUGACCCUCAUACCUUGAAAAUUGGAAGAAAAAAGGAUACAAGAAAAAACACGCUGUAGGACUGCCGCUUCAAAAAACCCCACUAGAAAGGACUAAAAGAUGCUAAAUGAACUGCUUCACAGAGCACUGCACAGAUGCUCAACGAAGAACUCGCAGAUCCUAGCAGUGUACAGAGCUACCACCUACCAUGGAUGCCUGCUAAGCUUGCGGCCCACUUGACCACUUAACUUGUGGACUGCUUAACUGCACAAUGCAACUUGACUGCACAAUCGCUUUAUUGAAAAAAAACACCGUGAAAUGGUUACUGAUAACUAGUGUCAGGUUCCAUUAAUUACAUUUUACUUGCAUGACAGUAAAAUUGCUUUUAUAUUAACGUGAUUUUUUUUUAAAAUCGCGUCAAUAAAGUGCAUCGUUAAUUUCCUAUAAUAAAGCAUACACAUCAUAACAUGUCUUGACCAUACAUACACACAAAAAUAAAAACCUAGUUGAUAGAGUACAUCAUAAUCAAACUUCAGAAGUAAAUACCAAGCUGUGCAAACAACAGUUACUAUGAUAAAGUUUUUCCUUCUCAAAUAACUGUCUUUUUGCUCCUCAGAUGUCAAGUGUAGGAGUUCUCAGAUGGACUGUACUGCCCUUUGCAGAUCAGACAUUUAACGGAGCUGGACCAGACAUUAUACAGGUAAGUUAGACAAGUUGAUAGAGUACAUCAUAAACAAAUUUCAGAAGUAAAUACCAAGCUGUGCAAACGACAGUUACUAUGAUCAAGUUUUGUCUUCUCAAAAAACUGUCUUUUUGCUCAUCAGAUGUCAAGCUUAGGAGGUCUCAGUGAUGAGCUGGACUAGACGUUCAGGGCGGAAAAACGUUCUGCGCAAGCCUCUGCGCAUCCCUUAUCGCAGGCUCAAGGCGGGCUUUUCUGUGUGUUGACUGUGUUUGUUUGUUGCUGGAGUUCUGAGUGAAAUGCACGAGGUGCGAACGUUUGCUCCCUGUAAAGCAUUUUUAUUUGAAAUGUUUGCUUUUUUUUCGUCGCUUGAAAAUUACUUUGGAUUCAGAACAACCGAUGUUAAAGGAAAAACGGAUCAUUCCGUCAGUCUGAGGUGGAAUAAAAGGUUUUAAACAUUUCUUAAGAGGCGAGUAUUUUUCUGAUUGAGUAUCCGUUUAUGAAUUGAUUUCGCCGGGUUGAAUUCAUACCGCUUGUAUUCUGUUAUUUGUAGUUACGGUUACUUUUUUACAUGCCCAGAUUUAUUACCUUUGCAGAACCAGCUUUAUUUUUGUCUUCAGUCAAAGAACCAUAUUGCUGUUUAACGCAUCAGAGUGAACAAACUUGUGCGCUUAUUAAACUUUCUCGGAAAUAGAAGGCCAGCAAACUUACUCAAGAUCAUUUUCUGUUGCUCAAGUAAUAAUAGUCAGAGUUUUUUCAUUUUUCAUUGCAUAGUUUUGUUUUCCAGUGCACUGUGAAAGUUUCUGUUCUUUAUAAGAAUAACUUUUUUAUGCAUAAAUUGUCCUUUUCACUCGCUGUGAAGUAGAGAACAACAACUGCCGGCAGUGACUUCAAAACAAUUGACUCUUUUCCCGUAAACAAUUGCUGCAGCUUGAUUUGACUGAGGAGAGCAAAACAAACCCUUAUGUGCAAUUUUCUGUAUUUUCUAAUGAUCGGCUGAGUUUAAUUUGCUUAAACGAAGACCCUCGCAUGGACCAGUUAAGCUUAUUGAAAAUAGCUAAAUGGUGAAUCAUGGCUUGGCUGCCAAGUUGCAACUGAUCUUUUGCUUUUAAGAUCUUUAGGUAGGUUGUUUUCGUACAAAAAGUUCAUUUCUUCAUUGUCAGCAGGAAGUUUUUAAAAUAAUGUAACUUUAACUUUGUUUGAAGGAAAUCCUACUCAAGCGUAGGUUUUUGACAGAUGUUUAAUGCGAGUUCAACUUGACAACACAAAGCAAAAUUUAUAUAUCUGCGCGAAACGGGCAAGUUUAAAAACCUAUAGUUGCUUUGAAACCGAUUUUUGGGAAGAUUUUACUAGAUAAAGAUUGACCUUUUUUCUGCCCACAUAUCAACGCAAUAACUUCUACAUUGAAGAUUUUGUUUAUAUUUUAGUGAUCUCUUGAAACUACGAGGUCCCGAUCGAGCGAGGGUUUUAAAAUAUCAGCUCGAAAAGCGACAAAGUUCAGUGACUUCAAACACAUUGUGGGCAAGCGUUAUUUUUUUGGGCAAAUCACUGUCCAAAGAUAUGUUGUUUUGUGUCCACAGUGGAGCUCCGGACCUUAUAUAUCCAGGAACCUCCUUAUAUGAACACAUUUUGUCAAUGCAUCUCGAAAAAAAUCGGACCUACGCAUGCACAUUUCCAGUACAGCGCAAGGAAAUAAAUGUCGUUAAAGUCCGUUUUACUAUGAGGUAUUCUUCGAGAAAAUUAAGUAACGACAAGGUUAUAACCACAACUUGCAACUUUUGAAGACAAAUUGCCUGUUCUUUCCAGAUUAUGAGUGGAAACAUUUUAUUUUUAGGCAAUAAAAUAUUUGAAAUCCCGCCAUUUUUUCAAACCCGGCCAGGGGAUCUGGGCAAAAAAGUUCACGCAUGCUCAUUACGUUUUUCCGCCCUGAAGACUAGACGUUAUACAGGUAAGUUAAACAAAUUGAUAGAGUACAUCAUAAACAAAGAAGUAUAUACUAAUGUAACGAUUAAUCAAAUUCUCGAUUAAUCGUGAUUAUGACCAUUUGGUUCGAUUAACGAUUCUUUGCUUUCACGUUUUGAUUUUGGUUCGAUUUUUGCACACCUUUUCCAGGGUGCCCUCAGUGAGUUAUUAUAUCGUAAAAUCAGAAUCCAGAAUGCUUUAAAUUGUGGGUUUAUGAUUGACGAGCAAAGAUGAUAGCAUUUCGUGCGCCAUUUUGUGCUGCCUGGUAAAAAUGCUGUCCUUCAACCACCCCUUGAGAAUUUCCAAAUAAGGCAAACUAUGUGCGACACGCUCUUUGUCAGGUUCUCAAACAUGGCGACAAACCAAGCGACUGUGAAUCCUCCUGUCCCUGCUACUUUUCUCAAAUUGAGGGUUUAGGGUUGCAUGUUGUUUACAUGACCCGUUAUGUUAUAAGAAUUAAGAAACAUUUACAUAAUCGAAUCGAAAUAAUCGAAAUCAAAAGGCAAUAAUUGAAAUCGAAUGGAACUGCAAGGAAUACGAAUCGUUACACCCCUAGUAAAUACAAAGCUGUACAAACAACAGUUAUAAUGAUCAGGUUUUCUCUUCUCAAAUAACUGUCUUUUUGCUCAUCAGAUGUCAAACUUAGGAAUUCUCAGUGAUGAGAUGGACGAGGCAUUAUACAGGUAAGUUAAACAAGUUGAUAGAGUACAUGAUAAACAAACUUCAGAAGUAAAUACCAAGCUGUGCAAACAACAGUUACUAUGAUCAAGAGUUCUCUUCUCAAGUAACUGUCUUUUUGCUCAUCAGAUGUCAAGCUUAGAAGUUCUCAGUGAUGAGCUGGACUAGACAUUGUUCAGGUAGGUUAAACAAGUUGAUAGAGUAGAUCAUAAACAAACUUCAGAAGUAAAUACCAAGCUGUGCAAACAACAGUUACUAUGAUCAAGAGUUCUCUUCUCAAGUAACUGUCUUUUUGCUCAUCAGAUGUCAAGCUUAGGAGUUCUCAGUGAUGAGCUGGACUAGACAUUGUACAGGUAGGUUAAACAAGUUGAUAGAGUAGAUCAUAAACAAACUUCAAAAGUAAAUACCAAGCUGUGCAAACAACAACUACUAUGAUCAAGAGUUCUCUUCUCAAGUAACUGUCUUUUUGUUCAGCAGAUGUCAAGCUUAGGAGUUCUCAGUGAUGAGCUGGACUAGACAUUAUACAGGUAAGUUAAACAAGUUGAUAGAGUACAUCAUAAACAAACUUCAGAAGUAAAUACCAAGCUGUGCAAACAACAGUUACUAUGAUCAAGUUUUUUCUUCUCAAAUAACUAUCUUUUUGCCCAUCAGAUGUCAAGCUUAGGAGUUCUCAGUGAUGAGCUGGACUAGACAUUGUUCAGGUAAGUUAAACAAGUUGAUAGAGUACAAAAUACCAAGCUGUGCAAACAACAGUUACUAUGAUCAAGAGUUCUCUUCUCGAAUAACUGUCUUUUUGCUCAUCAGAUGUCAAGGUUAGGAGUUCUCAGUGAUGAGCUGGACUAGACAUUAUACAGGUAAGGUAAACAAGUUGAUAGAGUACAUCAUAAACAAACUUCAAAAGUAAAUACCAAGCUGUGCAAACAACAGUUAGUAUGAUCAAGAGUUCUCUUCUCAAAUAACUGUCUUUUUGCUCAUCAGAUGCCAAGCUUAGGAGUUCUCAGUGAUGAGCUGGACUAGACAUUAUACAGGUAAGUUAAACAAGUUGUUAGAGUACAUCAUAAACAAACUUCAGAAGUAAAUACCAAGCUGUGCAAACAACAGUUACUAUGAUCAAGAGUUCUCUUCUCAAAUAACUGUCUUUUUGCUCAUCAGAUGUCAAGCUUAGGAGUUCUCAGUGAUGAGCUGGACUAGACAUUAUACAGGUAAGUUAAACAAGUUGUUAGAGUACAUCAUAAACAAACUUCAGAAGUAAAUACCAAGCUGUGCAAACAACGGUUAAUAUGAUCAAGAGUUCUCUUCUCUAAUAACUGUUUUUUUGCUCAUCAGAAGUCAAGGUUAGGAGUUCUCAGUGAUGAGCUGGACUAGACAUUAUACAGGUAAGGUAAACAAGUUGAUAGAGUACAUCAUAAACAAACUUCAAAAGUAAAUACCAAGCUGUGCAAACAACAGUUAGUAUGAUCAAGAGUUCUCUUCUCGAAUAACUGUCUUUUUGCUCAUCAGAUGUCAAGGUUAGGAGUUCUCAGUGAUGAGCUGGACUAGACAUUAUACAGGUAAGUUAAACAAGUUGUUAGAGUACAUCAUAAACAAACUUCAAAAAUAAAUACCAAGCUGUGCAAACAACAGUUACUAUGAUCAAGAGUUCUCUUCUCAAAUAACUGUCUUCUUGCUCAUCAGAUGUCAAGCUUAGGAGUUCUCAGUGAUGAGCUGGACCAGACAUUAUACAGGUAAGUUAAAGUCAAUUGGCUCAGAGUGUGGUAUAUACUUAUGAUUCCAAGCAACUAAGGCUAUGGUUGGGUGUUGGGUGUGUAAUCAAUACACACCUUGCCAGUGCCAUUGUAAUACUAUCAAGUACUUACUGUACUUACCAUACAGUGCUUACUAUAGAAAAAUACGCAUUUUUUAGUUUAUUAGUGUCGCUCACAAUAGUGCAAAACAUUAUUUGACAUUAAUUUCAGUCAGAGGUUGUGAAUAAUGACAUUAGAAUUCUAUUCUUAUAAGUGACAUGCAAGUAGAUCAUAACUUGAUAUAUUUAAAGUGCUUACAGAUUAUAUCAUGAGUGAAUGGAUAGAGGAAGCACCCAUACUCAUCAUGAUAGACUGUAAUUAUGCAUGCAUACACGCAUAUGCAUAAUAAUGUGUCUCAACUACGCAUACGCACACAAAGAAGAAAAAAAACAAGUAGAUAUAUAGAGGAUUGAGGCAUAGAUACACAUCCUAACAAACUUCAGAAGUAAAUACCAAGCUGUUCAAACAACUAUGAUCAAGUUUUCUCUUCUCAUAUAACUGUCGUUUGGCUUGUCAGGUGUUAAUCUCAGGAGGACUCAGUGACGAGCUGGACUAGAAAAUAUGGUAAGUUUAAGUUAAUAGGCUGUGUGUGUUGUUUUAUAUGUGUGGGCAAUAUAAAUCCACUUAAAGGCAAAUUGAUAAUUUUAAGGUACUGUGGGUAUGGUUGGGCUUUAAUGUCUAAGCAAUUCUCACCAUUCCUUACCAUUGAAACACUUUCAAGUACUGGUUGAAAGUGCUGGCAAGGGUUUUUAAAGAUGCUGAAAAUCUCAGUAUGUCCUCAUGCUGCAGUUCAUGAAUUUUUUCAUGGCAUUGUACAUGCUGUCUUUAAUGACCCAUGAAAAUGUUCCAGGCAAAUUCAUGUAUUUUUCAUGGCAUUUUUAAGAUCCAUGAAAAACGUAAGUUGAUUAUGAGCAAAAUUUCAUUUCGUAGGGGAAUAAGCGAAAACAUGAACCAUGAAAAUUCCAUUAAUGUUGAAUUAAGCAAUGACAUCCUCAAAAACAAAACUAUAAUACAAGCAAAAUGAUUUCAAGUUUCAGUUUGGGCUGUCAAACUGUUAUGGGUGUUUUCUCACAAACAAUAUAAUCCAGUACCCCAAUUCCCAUCAAGGGAAUUCGCUGGGAGUUGCAACCACAAUAGACCUAUUCGGCUAACUCAAUGUUGUAUCCAAUUCAAAUCUCUCGGGGAUAAGAUUCUUUGUGUAUUGUAUUAAUUUUGAUUAUAAUGGGGCAUUCACAUUUAAAUGAUAUGGAAAUUCCUGAAACAAAACGUUUUAUUCCCAAAGGAUUUGAAUUGGGUACAACAUUGAGUUAAUUAGCCGAAUAGGUCUAUUGUGCUCAAGACAAGGCAAUAAAUUAUGCUGAUUUGUCACUUUCUUUUAAAUUUUAUGCCUUUCACCAGCCAUACAUACAUGCAUAUAAUAUUUGGAUUCCAGUAUCAUACAGAUUACUUCUUUGGAUUUUUAUUUCUGAAUAAAACCACUGGCAAUUUUGCAAAAUAUUAUAAUAUUUAUAAUGAUUUUUUUUUAUCACUUUUCCUAACAUAUCAUUUUGAAGAUAGGAUUUUAUACAGUCAAACCUCCCCACAACAGCCAUUUUGGGGACCAAAAAAAGUGGCUGUUGUGGAGAGGUGGCCGUUAUGAGGAGGUGGGGGUGUAAUAUGACAAUUUUUGUUAGGGGAGAACAACAUGUAUAUUAUGCCAAGUUCAUGCCUACUUUUUGCAAUCAUGGAAAUCCAAUCAUAAAUGAUCAUCAACGCACCAUACGGAUCAAAUUCCCUGACCAUUCCUGACUUGUUUGUCAGUCGCUGAAAAAACUGGCCUUUGUGGAGAGGAUUUUUUGGCAGCUGGGGACGCAGUGCAGUGGCCGUUGCUGUUGUAGAGAGGUUUAAAUUAGAGCCAAUGUAUAGACUGUCGGCAGGACCAAAAAAAGUGGCCAUUGUAGAGAGGUGGCUGUUAGUGGACUGGUUUGACUGUAUGUACCUUUCAUUUUUAGUUCCAAUUUUUUUCCAUCGAUGACUUUCCACAAGAAGGUAGAUUAAUCAUCUGUAAAGUUAUUAACAGGUCAUUUAAAAUUCUAAACGGUAAACUUUCCUUAAUCUCUCAUCGUAAAUCUGUUAUUCCUAUACUUACUUGCUAAAGUGAGAAUUUUGGCAGUUCUUAAGCGUGUAGAAUGAACACUGAUCACCAGAGAUUACGAUGUAGCAUAAAAGUAGCUUCCUUCAAUUCAGUGUACAGUUGUGCAUAAGAAAAAAAUGACACAGUCGUUCAAUUUGUUGAAAAUUCUCACAGAGAAUCCUGUGUUAGUGAAACAUGCUCUUAAUGACAAGUGACAUGUUUUCGUAAUAACAAUCAUAUAAAUUUAUGCAUUUUAUAUUAAAUACUUCUCCAGACAUGCUUUAUAAUGCCAGCUAUCAGCAGGGCUCGAAAUAAUUUCCGAAGAGUCUCCAGACACGAUGACCAGCCAAAUUUAUUUUAGCUCAGUCACGUGUAGCUUCUAGCUGGUCAAAUAUGUAAGUUAAAUAACUUUUAAGCAGGGGCGCAUAAACCACAGCUGGUGUUAUAUAUUUCCAAAAAAAGUCGCUUGUGGCUUUCAUGUGGCUUUCUCCAGGGAAAAUGUGACGUCAAAUAUCUCAAAAUAUCCCAUAAUAAAGUUAGUAAAAAUCAAUCAAACUCCUUUAAAUAUCAGCAGGAACUUAAGCUGGUUCAUAAUAUCAAACGUUUUUGUUAGGUUUACUGAAAAUCUUGACCCUGUGAUGAUAGUAUGGUUACAGUAUUUUCUUUUCCCUACUUUGUCAUACAUAACUAAAAUAAUUGCUUUAAAAUGUCAAGAAAGAAAGAAACACCCCCUGCCACCCCAUGUUGUGCAUGAUAAAUACAAUGUUGGACAAAAAUGUUUGAUCGUUAUGUCAGGGCAAGUUUAACAAAUCUAAAGUAUACUUAACUCUAAAUGGGCAAAGAAGGAAUGUAUUUUUCACUUAGAAAUUAACCCAUUCGCUCCUGGAGAUUUUGCCGAAAAAGGCGUUUUGAAGCUAGUCGAGUGGUUUUCUGGUCACUACAGUGCUAUAGAGAGCUAAAACUUACCACAAACCGGUUUACAGGUCGUGCACUUCACGGCCUUUUGAUCCAGUUGCAAAAUAUCAGCAUGCGCAGAAAGCAAAAUUUCGAGAUAGUUUUUGGGUUUAAAAGUGACACAGCAGUCUUGACUUUUACUUUUCGCUUUCUCUCCUCCCCUCUUUUUUCGCUUUUCUUUCUCUUGCUGGGCAUUUAGUAGGCUUCGUUUCGGUGGGAAGAGUUUUUAGGAAAGCUUUUAGGAUCUUAGGAUUAGGUGAAAGGAAAGGUAGGUGAGCAAUGGAACAAGAUUUUCACGGAGAUUUUCAGGUCAAUGACUUAUGGUUUUUUGCCUCUUUCUCCAUUGUCCGUGACUGAAUUGUGCUCAUUCUGGUAUGGUUUGAAAGAUCUCUUCACUCUGCAUAAGUUAGCGGACAAAUUUGUCCUUGACCGUUAAAACUGAUGACGUCACAAAGGGUAGAAAGGACGUGGAUCCGCACGGGUGGUUACAGGCGGUUCAGGGGCGAAUGGGUUAAGCACAAACUCAAAUUGUACUUUAAAAUGCUACUUCAAGUAUACUCACAGUUUUCACUAGAAUUAAGCCAGCUGGAUGCAAAAGCCAAGUUUCUGAAAUGUUAUGUGGACAGUGCCCACAUUUUUUUAAGUUUCAAUAUAAUAUGAUGACAGAGAAUAAGAAUAGCGACACCUUCAGUCUCCAGAGCUUAUAUGACGACUUAGGCGGAAACUAUUAUAUUUGUAUUAAAUUCACUGCACUAUGAUUUGUUCAAUUUAACAUUCAAUGCCUCAGCAAGGUCAUACAAGGUAUAGUCCAUCACUGAUUCACAGUAUCUGCCAUAUCUUAAAAAUCAAAUGGAAAUUGUCUUCAAGUGGUGAUAACAUAAUAUAUUAUGUCUUCAGCAACAAAACAAAUUACAAUGCACAAAAGAUUGAAGCAUACAGUAUAACAAAGUUUUAGUAACAGAAGUCCAUGAAGCAGUUUCUUUGGACUAUAACAAAGUACUGCUUUUAAUACUUUUUUUUUUACCAGUGUGUGUCAUCUCAAACAUCUAAUAUUGACCUAAGUUUAAGCAAAUCUGGCAAGAACAACUACAAAUUGAGAACUGUGUGCAACAUCAUUCUAUGACAUCAUCCACUUUUGUGCGAGGGAGUUUGGCAUUUUCAUGGUUUUUUAAUUAUGCUUUUAUGAGAAAUUACAUUUUCAUGGGCCAUUACAAUUUUUACGACGCAUGAAAUACAUGCUGGGCUGUCACUGUCACUGUCACUGUUAUUUUGCCGGGGUCAUGAAAUGUAUCAGUCUAAAAUAUAUGUGACUUUCAUGACCCUUGAAAAUCUUUAUUCAUGGCUUUGUACACUUUUCAUGGUUCAUGAAUAAAAAUAACCAGCUAAGAAUUUCUUGGAAAUGUCAUGACUCAUGUUAACACCAUGAAAGCUGAAAUCUUUGCUUUCAUGGCCAUGAAAAGUGGGUUCAUGCGGUUUUCAACACAUUUUCAUGGGAUUUUCAUGAAAAAGAGAUUAAUAGUGGUGUGACAAAAAGGAUAUUAAAAAAACAACGUUGAGACCACCUCUUUCAGCUUAAGUUAUUCUGGUGAUUACUUACAUAGUUCCUUCUUAUGGGAUGUAUAUUAUGUAUUAUUAUGUUGGGGUAAUAUAGAUGAACACAUUUAAUUUACUGAAUGCUUUUUAAUCCGAUUAGAUAUCCUGUAACAUGAAAAUGGUGGCCUUCAGGAGGAAAAGAAAUCGACUUAAAAAAGUGUGAGUUUAUUUGUUUAGAAUUUCCAUUGACUAAACAGAACAACAUUCACUUUGUUUGCAUGUAGAUUUCCCAUGAGUUAACAGAUAAAUGCAAAAAAACAAAGACUGAUGAACAAAUAUGCAAUUCAACGUCCAUAGUCACCAAAAAACAACUAGAUAUAGAAACCAUGCGUAAAGAUCUUAACUCGUAGAGUAACAGUGCAUAUAGAUUGUAACAAGUGAAAGUAUAGUGUAGCAUCCACACUCAUGAGAGUACUCGCAGAGCAUGGAAGGCGCAGUGGUGAGAGCACUCACCUCCCACCAAUAUGGCCCAUGUUGGAAUUUUGGCAUCGACACCAUGUGUGAGUUGAGUUUAUUGUUGGUUCUCUCCUUUGCUCUGAGAGGUUUUUCUCCAGGUACUCUAGUUUUCACCUCUCCUCAAAAACCAACACUUCCAAAUUCCAAUUUCAUCUAGAACAUACAGACACGUUUUAACAAGGAAACUCCUAAGUUCUCCACGGGUAAAAAAAUACAAUACUCUUCAUAGCAAGUGGAUACGGUAUAAACUUCAGUGGUGAAUACCAAGCUGUGCAAACAACUAUGAUCAACUUUUUUGUCCUAAUAUAGCUUUCUUUUUUUAUCAGUUGUCAGCCCAAGAGGACAAGACAAUAUGGUAAGUUAAUGGUAUUGAGCUAAGAGUGUGUUAUGUGUCUAGGUAGUACUCCAGUGUAAGGAAAAGUGAUUAGCACAAACAACUAUGGGUAUGGUGGGGCUUUAAUGUUGAACCAGUUCACACCAUUCCUUGCCAUUGUAACUCUUUCAGUACUAUGUCAGCGAGCGUUGUUAGGGGUGAGCAUGUGCCUUAUGCUUCGUUGUUGUUCUCUUGUGCUUCGCGACCAUAUUAUUGUAACUGUUCACUAUUCACGGGUCGUCUUUUCCUCAUUACUGGCAUGGCGGCCUCUGACAUUUGUAUCUACAUCUCGUCCAAAGAGAAAGCCAGCUGAUAUGAGGAGAUAGUGAAGCAGCCCAGCUCCCAGCUGUUCCUUCAGUUACUCCACUCAAGAACUUGAAGCAAAGUACUCAUUAUCCGUCUUCUCUUUAUCACCAUACUGCCAUGAAUCCUCUUGCAUCUAAAUAGUGGUCUCUAGCGAAAUGCAAGACAAUAACUUAGUUUGAAGCCAGGAGACAUAUUAGGCCCUGACUGCACCGUAGCUAUAGAGGCCUGUACUGAUACACUAUCCAACCAGAGCACCAAGGUUACAGCUCUGGCCUCAACCUUAUAUUACUGAAGCCUUUGGCUAACAAGGUUCACAUAGCUAACAACACCAACAAACUGCAAGCCAUCCGUCAUCAUAAACACCUCUGUAAAUUGCAUCUCAUCGUGGCCAUGGACUCCACAUUUGUUCCAGCGGCAUCUCACCUAACUCCCCCCAGCUACAGCUGGAGCCAAAUACACCAGUCUGGUUUCUUUUUGGACGUAGUCACAGUUGACUCUGACCACAUCGUAUCUGACAGAGUACAAACGAGUUUCUUCAAGUGCUGCAGGCCCACGAAGAUAUCUUAUAUCUGACUAUUGCAGAAUAUACAGCGCUGCUGGCCCUGUUGAAGCCACUGUCAGUUUGGCUCUAUUACACAGUACUCCUGCGACAAGCUAGUACCCUUGCAAGACAAAUUUGACAAACUGGAACAAUUCCAAGUUUUCCGUCGUCCUGAGGAUGUCAGAAUUAAGGAGGCUCACAUCUAUUUUUGAAGGUCUCACCCCUUCAUGUUUGAUGUUUCAUAACUCUGGCUGUAGUGAAUGUGCAAAAAAGCCACAAAGUUAAAAAAUCUAACAUUAAAAUCCUCAAGAGUGCUAUUAUAGUUCUACCCAUUGUUUUACCUUGGCAAGAUUUGAAAAAAGUUUCUGGCAGCAUUUUUAAAAUAUGAUGUCCUAACAAUUUUGCAUCCCAAAAAAGGUCUUUUUCACACUUUGUGUUUUGAUCAUAUAAAUGAUGAUUUAUGAUGCCAGUACAAUCGAUAUUUACAUACCUGGCUUUAGGUGCAGUUCAGUUCUUUCAAUAGUCACUCUUUGUGAUCACGCAUUUUGCUACUCUUACUCAUAAGAUUUAUUUGCUCAUGUAAGCACAAAAAGGUGUCAACUGUGGUCUUCAAAUCACAGUUUAAAAAUUUGUUCCUUGAGAGUUAAAUCAUUGCUAACCAUUUUAGUGAAAUUUUAGUGCUAUGGAAAAAUUUCUUAGUUAUUGAAAUAUAAUCAAUUUCAUUAUGAAUCUUGGUGCCUGGGUUUGUAAAGGCCAUAAUUUGCUAGUUUACCCGUUUAGGGUUAUGUCUCUUUCUUAGUGCUUUCCACAAGUUGCUCGAGAUUUUCCAAAAAGUUUCCCUUAAUGUCUCAACAUGUUGUUCAAAAGUUCCUCAGAAAACAAUCAAAAAUUGCUUUUUGUAACGAAAGUUGAUCAAACGUUGCUCGAAAAAACAAAAACUUUUUUGGGUCGGAUGCUUAAGUAUGCAAAUUGUACAACAAAAGUAAGAUUUCUAAGCAUUUUUGUGCAAUUUUGCGGCGUAACCAGCGCUGCUAAAUAACUUUGUCUGCAAUUAAAAUUUCGGAUUGACCUUCUUCAUCCGAGACACUAAAGUCAGUUGAGAGUGAAUUUCGCUAAAAACCGUUGACCUAGCAGCGCGGCUACCUUUAUCUUGUGCCCCUGAUCUGGGGGAGGAUUUGGCUCCUUUUUUACGGGAAAUACAUAAAUUGUCUACUAAAAUAUUGUGAAAUAUGGAAGAAGGGCCAAUUUAAGCACUAAAAGCUGCUCUGAUAUCUCAGAAUUAGAAGAUAACUAGAGAAAUUACUCAGAAUGCAAAAAGUUGCUCGAAACUAAAAAAGUUGCUUGAAAUAAGAGAAGUUGCUAAAAAGUUAACGAGCAACUUGUGGAAAGGCCUACUCUUGUUUGUUUCUGCAUAGCUAUUGCAUACAGCAUGGCUCACUGCUUCUUUCACUUAUGAGUGAUUCUUCUUACAAUGCUUCAUUUGAUUCAGUUAUUCAAAGAGCGCAAAAUUGUUAUAUAUCAAAUUGGAAAAUGGUGAAAAGUAAAGAGAACGGUCUAAACAAUUAGAACAGUAGAGGAUUUUAACAGAUUAUUGCUAGCUUUCAAGAAAAUUCCCAGUUGUUGAUUUCAUGUCAUUGUUAUUCUGUUGCUAAGGGAGUGUCUGCUUCAACAAAACGUAGUCUAAAAUUGAGUUUUAUUUUAGAUAUGUUGUUUCACUUUGGGGCUUUGUCAUAAUAUUGCACGACAGCUAGUUAUGAAGCAUCAAACAGGAUGCGGUGAGACCUUGAGAAAAGGUCGCAAGCCUCCUCGACGUGGAAUACAUGUACCUCAACCCCAUCCUUGCUUGCCAAAAAGCCAUCUGGGGGAUUUCAUAUUGUUAUCACCUUUGCCAGAGUCGGUUGAUGCAGCAAGCUUCAUCCCUUGUUGAUGUUAACUAAACGUUGACUCCACCCUUUGCACUAUUGCUUCAUGGAAGUACAUAAUCAAGUCAGAUCUCAUGUGUGCCUUUUACCAGACACUUCUAUCCAAGGUUACCAUGAAGUACUGUGGUGUUGCCACCCUAUUUCGCGGCAUCAGAGUGUACACAAAGGUCAUCCAUGGGAAUGCCUGGCUCAGAGACUACUGUGGAAAUAUUAUUGUUGCGUCCUGGGCAACUUCAUCCAGAAGGGAUGUUACAGCAAAGCUUGCUGAUGUCUGUUUGCCUCAAAUCAACGACUAUCGUGGGUGGAAUUUUUUCGCAAGGUGUACUCUCAGCUAGCCCCUUCUCGUAUCGCUGCACUCACUGGCUGUCCUCCUCCUGAGUCUGUCAAGGGUCUACCUUUCUUCAUUGGCACCUGCAAGGUCUUUAGCCGUGUGCUACCUUGCCCUGCUCCCACACCCAUCCAACCAACUUUGGAUUGUGACUGAUGGUUCAGUAACUAAAUGCGGUCUUGGCAGAACUAUAUGAGUAGGUGGAGCAUGAUCGUCUGGGUGAUCUUAGUCCUGAAUUUUCAGAGUCAGAGUGAGCUGUAUUUUCUGUUUGUGUGCAAGGUGGAUGUUGUAAGGUCGUGGUAUACAUGCAAUAGAUUCCUAAAGCAGUCGUCCAACAACUUGACGUCUCACAAGGCGACAACAACACAGACUGACUACCUAAAUAACAUUUUUAUUAAAAGCAAAUACAACGUGGACUAUGUUAAACGGAACACUCUCGGUGAUGCCAACUCCAACACUCGGAGUAAUGUUGAUUCUUGCCCUUUUACAACAGUGACUUGCAGUACAUCAGAGGCACAUCUGAACCUAUCACACCUUACAACAUAUGCAUUGCACACAAACCAAUAACCACUUUGCGGCAACUGCUAACUAAUGUCAAGGACAAAGAUAGACCUGAGGACAGACAGGGUGCAGUAUACAAGAUCAAAUGCUGCGACUGCCAGGCCACUCAUAUUGGUAGAACACCAUUUACAGACGAAGCAUCAAAUCGACUGGGACUCUGCGACAUACUUAACAUGUUUUACAGUUUUUUACUAACGACUUACCAGUAUUUUAGAAAGCUGGUUUACUAACUUUGAACAAAAUGCCACUGAAUUCUAGUCAACAUUACCAGCACUGUACAAACGACUUAUUGACACAUCGACUCAAGCAAAGCUGAUAACAACAGAAUGAUUAGACAACCAACAACUUGAACUGACUAUUCAACUUAAUUGACCAAUCAGGUCAUUAACCAGAGUUUAAUUUCUGACAUGAUACAACUCUUUGAAAAUGAAGAUGACUACUACUCAGGUUGUGGAAAUGUACAACCGUCCUAUUCUAUGCCGAGGAGAGUUUUCUGCCGGCCCCCGCACUACCUCCGUCCUUAUCGCUCUCAGUAGAUAUCAACUUAGUUUGCAACACCAUGCAGGCAGUGCAAAUUUACCCUCUGACUUUGCCAGUCAAAACACUUCUGCCUGAAAAGUGCCGCUUUGUGUCAUCUGCUCCUUCAUUCUCGAAACUGAGAAUUCUGUCGUCAUACCCAAUGUGUUUGUCGAAGACAUAUUAGAGAAUGGCAGGCGUCUACUUUUAACCAUCAGGCCUGAUUUAUGCUGCAUCUGUGCCCACUUGAAACGACCACCGUCUAUCAAAGACGUAAAGCAGUAUCUGAACAUUGCUUUGAUUUCUAACGAUGGUUAGUCUUACAACGUCAGCAACUACUGUCGCCCCCACUGAAUUGAUCGUGGUACCAUGGUACAUUCUUGAUGGAUUUCUUAUCGCCCUUUAAAGGAAGUUUCACUAGCCUUCAGAGCACCGCCAUCACUUGCGUGUCAGAUUCCUGCCACACCGGUGCCUCUAAAAGUUCCAACACACCCUCACCAACCAGUCGUCAGGUGAUCCACAUGAAGUUGUAGGUGUGUCAUUUGCGGCCGGUGUCUCCGUCCUACUUGAGAGAAUGUACAACCUUCCUCACUGCAUCAUGCAUAGUACCUGAUGAUAAAAGUGACACUUCUUUGUGACACCCUUGCCUGACUGGUCAUAGGCUUAUACCACUUGGAUGGUCCCAACGAGGAUUAAACAUGUUGACCCUGCACCUGGAUUUGUCUUGCAAAUGUACAGCAGUGCACUACUAAACCUUGGUUUUCCCAUUGAAGUCGGCCACGUUGAACCAUCAAGAAAAUCUUGUUGCUGAAAAGGCAGUACUUUAAAACGGGUCUCUUGCGCCAAAAGCCUGGUGGCAGCCAUGUUGCUGAACUAUGGCUUGGUGUAGCCACAGUCCAUUUAAACUCUCGACUUCACAUCCAAGGCCUUCGCUGUGACAUUUGAAGCAAUACAACCAGUUCACUCAUGAGCAAGUACCUGUGUCCAACAUGCAGUACACCAAUCGCUAAAGGAUGCCAUGACUCAUUGAAGCCUUCGGCUCCUCUAUAACUUGGAGGUAGUAUACAUGAAAUCUGACUGGUAUGCGUCACACGCUUGCACAAGGUACACCAUUGCCCACAUCAAUAGAGAGUGGUGUUUCAUUAAGAAAUUCACUGGUUCCCAACUCCACCACAUUGUACAAAAUUAAAUUAUCUGAGUGUUACGGUGUAUUCGUCAUGUCAUACCCGUGGAGAGCUUAUCAGUUUCCCAUGCUUACGAUGAAGGUGACUUCGGCUCUACCCUUGCAUCUCUUCUCUGUUGUUUAGCCACUCGCCAAUCUAUCUGAGCUACUUUGGUCACGAAGUCCAGACUCUUCAGACUCCUUUCAUUGCAACCCAACUACCCACAAGCCUUUCCUCCAGAUGUAACAAGCUACCCCCAUUCUCUGGCUCCUACAUCUACCUCGCCUUCCCCGUGCAGCUGACAUCACCCAAGACACCAAUCCCCGCUGUCGCAAGGCCCCCACACCACCUACAAGACUACAUUCUGUACUAGUUGCUCCAGUCUUCAUGGACUUUUUGAACUGUGAGACAAUCUGCUACUUAAUGUGGAUGGAGCUGUUGAUAUUUCUAGGAUACUUUUUGCUCGUUUGUUUGCUUAAAAAGGGUGAUGCACCUGCAGGCUUUGUUAGGCGAGGAUGUGCUUUCUGUGUUGUCGUUGUUCUUUCAUGCUCUUGCUGGCCAUGUUAUUUUAACUGAGUUGUUGUCAUUAAAUGGUAACUGUUCGCUAUUCACGGCGUCAUGUUUGCCUCAUUACUGGUGGUGGAUAUAUUUGGACUUUAAUGUCUAACUAAUUCACACCAUUCCUUGCCAUUGAAACAAUUUCAAGUACUCGUUGCUUACUGUAGAAAAAAAGUAUUUUACUAACCCUUAUUGCUGUUGAUGUUAUGUUACUUAGAAUAGUAAAAAAAAAACUUGAAAAAACAUUUCAGUCAGAGCUUGAAAGUAAGUGUGAUUCAGUACUAAAUAUGAACGUGCACAUACUCUUAGAUGGCAGUUAGGACAGGAAAAAAUUCGUAGCUCUUUUCUUAAUUGACUUCCAAUCAUUGACCACAAACAAGAAAAAAAAAUCAGCCUUAGGGGUCCUUUCUUUCGGAUUCAAUUAUUACUCUGGCGAUUUCGUAGGAAUUUUUUUCUUGUGAUGUAUUUAUUGUAAGAAUCCCUAUAUAAUCCCUAAAUACAUUAAUGGGUGUGUUUUUGUGAACAGGUAUCUUCGAACAUCAUGGAAAUGGUGGCCAUCAGAAGGACGAGAAGAAUUCUUCUGAAAAAGGUGAGUUUAUUCACUGAGCUUGUGUAGAUUUUCCAUAAGUGAAAAGGGAAAUGCUAAAAACAUUUAGACUGAUGCAGAUGCAGUUAAGCUCUAGUGUCAUGGGAGAGGAAUUUCUCUUGUACAACAUAAGAGGAAAAGAGUCAGAGAAAACAUAGCUACUUUGUUAAUCUUGAAUCUCUUUCUCGGGCAACGCUUGCGUGGCCAAGUGGGUAAGUUCGCUUUCUUUAAAUUAAACACAUGUUGGCCGCUUCUUCCAUGUCGUUGUUUAAUUUAGUUUGGAUGACUUAUUGAGGUGGUUUAGCUCCCGGUUGAACCUCCGUUGUCGGGUCAUUUUACUUUUUUUCCUUCAAGUUCCCACAAAAAUUUUGACUUUUAAUUUUUUUUGCCUAUUUUUUUCUUUGUUUUAACCAGCAAGAGAGUUCUAAUAUUUUAGACUCUUUUCUUGCUUAAAGAAGAAGAAAAAAAGGCGCAAAAAAAAUUUUAAGUCGAAGUUUUUUCUAAGAAUUUGAAGAAAAAAAAGUAAAAUGGCCCGACAACGGGGGUUCAACCGGGGGCUGAACCCCCUCAAUAAGUCACCCAAAUUAAAUUAAACGGCGGCAGGGGGGAAGCGGCCGCCUUGUGUUUAAUUUAAAGAAAGUGAGCUUAUCCACUAGGCCACGCAAGCGUUGCCUGAGAGAGAGGUGCAAAAUUAACCUAGAAAUACGUACAGGGUCUAUUGUUUUCAGUGAAUCUUGUUGAUUAGUCAUAAUUUAUUCAUUUCUCGUGUGGAAUGUUUUCUUAUUUACAAAACAAAAUCCUAAAACAACGUUCUUGAAUAUUCGCGACUUUAACUGGAUCGCAAGCUAGUUUCUGUGUCAAAACAUUUAAGGAGAGAGGGAUUUUAAACCAGCUGGUUGUAUAAGAUUAGAAGUUUUUGAAGAGCAAUUGAGUGCCUCGGUAGAUUUUUUUUCUUCGGUGAUCAUGUUUAUUAGUCAUUAUCCAUUCAUAACGCGUGCAAAACAACUUAAAUAUUCCAAAACGAUGUGUUAUUCAGACCACGUUUUUGUAAAGAAUAUGACGAAGUAUAGUGUACAAGUGAGUUUAUGUUUUUGUACGCUUUUACAAAGUUCCUAUUUUGAAUUAUUUUCAGGUGCAGUGUUGUGAAGACUCAAUCGCUCCAGAAACCUAUUUACAGUGUGGAUAGUGUAGACGAAAAGCGUUGUGAAGUGUUAAUAAAGUUUGAGAC